GGGCAGAGACCUGACGUGGAACGAAAUACCAGAGAAUCAUGAAUCGACGCGCGAUCAUCCCCCGCCUACCUCUCUCUCCGUAAAGAAUGCUGCGUGACCCUGCAUAGAAAGACUGUGGAAACAAAGAUGACAUUCACUGCGGCGGAUAUCAUGCUUCAUUUUCCUGAAAAUUGGACCGAAGACUACGACUACUACUACGAAGAUAACGGCACUGACACGUGUUGUGUCGGCGAGCUGUGCCCCCAGUACCACAGCAUGCGGUUUGAUGCGGUCUUCAUCCCCGUCCUGUACUCUGUGGUGCUGAUUUUGGGCCUCCUGGGGAACGGGCUGGUCAUCGCGGUCCUGGGACAGCUUCGGCAGGGGUGGAGCGUGACCGACACCUUCGUCCUGCACCUGGCCGUAGCCGACACCCUGCUCCUGCUCACACUGCCCUUCUGGGCAGCACAGGCCAGCAGCCAGUGGCAUUUCGGCACUUUCUGGUGCAAGAUAACUGGGGCGCUUUACCAGAUUAACUUCUAUUGUGGGAUCUUCCUGCUGGUCUGCAUCAGCCUGGACCGCUACCUGUCCAUCGUCCACGCCGUCCAGAUGUACUCGCGCAAGAAGCCCUGGCUUGUGCAGACCAGCUGCCUGUGCGUGUGGUGCUUCUGCCUGGUGCUGUCCAUCCCCGACUGGAUCUUCCUGGAGGCCCUGAAGGACGAGCGGAGGGAUGAGAGGGUGGAGUGCAUGCACAACUACAGGCUGUACGGCAACCACACCAAGGAGUGGCGUCUGGCCUCCCGGCUCCUGUAUCACUUCGUGGGCUUCCUCCUGCCCUCCGCCAUCUUGGUCUUCUGCUACUCCUCCAUCCUGCUCCGGCUCCACCGGGGCACCCAGGGCCUGCAGAAGCAGAGGGCCAUCAGGGUGAUCCUGGCGCUGGUGGUGGCCUUCUUCGUGAGCUGGACGCCGUACAACGUGGUCCUGAUGGUGGACACCCUGUUCAACCGGGACCUGAUCAACGACACGUGCGCCACACGCACCACCCUGGACAUCUCGCUGGUCGUCACCUCGUCCCUGGGCUACAUGCACUGCUGCCUGAACCCGGUGCUGUAUGCCUUUGUGGGCGUCAAGUUCCGCCGCCACCUGGCCAAGAUGCUCAAGUUCCUGGGCUGCCGGCUGAAGGGGCAGGUGCGGGCGGGGUCGCGGCGCAGCUCCGUCUGGUCCGAGUCCGGCAACACGUCCACCUCGGGCUUCUGAGAACGUCAGCGUGCAUUUGUGGCUUAGCCGAGGGCGGAAGUGUGCAGUCGUGUUUUUCGAGACUCGACUUGUAUGUUGGUUUGUAGGCUGCCAGAACGGGUUCUCUGUUUGUACCUGAGAGAGUGAUAAAUAAACAGUAUUUUAUUCAGGAAGUAUGCAGCAUUAUAAUGUGAAAAUGGGUAGUAUAAAUGGAUCAUGAGAAAGAAAUAUAAGGCAUGUAAAAUGGCAAGCAAAUAUACACUGACUAAGCUAAUAAUAAUUGUAAUAAUGACGGAGGAGAUCAUAUCAGCAAACAAAUGGCAAAAGGAGUUUACUGUGUGUAAAAUGGAAGGUAGAAGGAUAGGGAAUGGAUGUAUAUAAGCAUAAGUGAAGGUGAUUUUACUUUUAAUGUGCAAACUAGUACAAGUGCGCAAGAGCACUUGCAAACAGUGCCAGCAUGAUUCGUUCUUUAAUUUUUUUAAUUUUUUUAAUUUGUCAGUAUGUUUAAAAUUAAGCUUUUACAGUUAUUCAGGUUCAUCUGCCAGCUGCCUCAUGUUAUUAUAUUAUAUUGUGCAUAGCCUGCCAUUGUCUGGAAAAAUGUUUGUUGGUUUCUGUGAAUUUUGCACUUUUGGUGGAAUCGUUUAAAUUAUUGUUUAGUUUACUCUUAUUACUUCUGGAAAAAAAGCUUUUUAUAUUACUUUUAUAUACUAUGUUUAUAAUUUUAUAUAAUC